AUGGGCUCUUCUCAGAUGGUUCUUGCCAAGGUCCCAUACUCAAGGGCUAGGCAUUGCCUGGAGUUGAUUAGAAGACAGAGCACAAGUCCUCCAUUAUCCAAUAAGAAGGAGGGACUUCCAAAGAAGCUGUCUCAACUACGAAGUGAGUCUUUGAUAAGAAAUAUGUUGAGAGUGACAAAACCAGAUAUGGUUUGGAGGUCCAAAAUGUUCCCCAAGGACACCCUAAGCGCACAGUCCUCAUUAAACACUAUACAGAACGCUCUUGUUUCUCAUUUCGGGAAAGUUGCAAACAGUUUCAAGGUUUCCGCUUGUUUGCACACCCAUAUUUCAGUUGGAGAUGUGAUAGCCUUAACUCCCAAUGUGGGUACCAGAUUGGCAGUAGUUGUACAGAUUCCUAACUCUCCGUCCGACCCACGUUACACUUUGAUUACUGACCAAGGGGAAAUUUUGUUUCUUUCUUCGUUGUCUUCAAAGUUACGAUUUCCACAAGUUUUUCCAACAAAAUGGCUUCGUAAUCUGGUGAUUCCCGAAGAAAUAUCUGACCUACCACCAGUUGGAAACCCGAAAGCGGCUUUAGAGGAACCAGUGGAUAGUUCUUUACUCACUGCUAGCUCAAGCAAAGUAAACACUUUUAUUUCUGCCAAAUCACCCACAAAGAUCAUUACCAAAUAUCUAGUGAACUUUAUGGCAGAUGCGUGGAAAAAGUUGCCUGAACUAAAUAUGAAGUUAGAGUUUCUACACAAUCUGUUACAAUCAUCCGAGGGACCAUAUCAGAUAGGUGUUUUUGAGCUUCUUGAUGCCUGCAAUCGUCUUGAUUUGAACAAAGUGGCCACGAUGUUAACAUCUGGUGAGAGUCCAGUCAACGUGUACCAGAAAAUAGCCAUUGAAGUCUUUGGCGAGGACUACACAUUUAAUUAUCUUCCCUUUCAAAACUUUCCUUUAGGAAAGAAUGUACAGGGAUCUUUUGAAUCUUCGAAGAAUAUCAACAUCUCUGCAUUUCUUUCUUUGGUACUAUGUCUCAGAAAGAAUUCCAAACUUUACAAGCAUUCUAUUACCAGCGUUGGACUACCAUUAGAAGUUACGAUUAUCCCACUUCCGAAAGUGGUGGAACAAGAUCGCAUUCUCUUGAAAAUGAAAGAGGAUAAGACUCUUUUGCCAGAACUAGUACGGUAUAUUGACUCGAAGGUAAGAGGCGACACUGACUUAGUACAACCGGAUCUAUAUCCUCAAGUCAUCAACCUGUUGAAAGAUUAUUCUGGGAACGAUUAUUCCAAUCUUCCUCUUCUUGAAUCACUGAUUGUCAGAAUCUUAAGAAACACUCACAAGUUUAAAAAUGAUUUUAUCACUAGAAGCACAGUAUAUGAAUUAUUGACUCUUUUAAAAGAAAUAGAGCUCAAUACGGAUCCAACUGAAUGGUCCAAUGAACUAGCAAAGCCGCAUACCAAUGUUUCUGAAACUAGCACCCAAGAGCAAAACUAUUACGAUAAUCUGGAGUUUAAAGAUACCACUGACCCGCUUGGCAAGAUCAGAAAGACUUUCAAUGACACUAUAUACACUAUUGAUGGGGUUGAUGCUUUGGAAAUCGACGAUGGAGUAUCAAUAACUGAGAAUGGUGAUAACUGGACAAUUAGGACUCACAUAGCUGAUCCUGGUUCAAGACUAGAUCUGGAUUCAACACUAUCCAAAAUAGGCUUCAGAAGAGCAUAUACCCAUUAUUUCCCAGACACAAACGACAGACACAUUCCUAUGUUACCCAGAUCUUUUGUAAAAAAUGUCGAAUUAACCAAGAAAGGUCAGCCAGUGAGAACAAUGUGCUUUGAACUAUCUUAUAACACAAAGAAAAACAAAAUAGAAUCUGAAAAGACUCAGAUUUAUGCCGCAUUAGAGACAAACUUUGUAAAAUUAACAUAUGACGAAGUCGAUGAAAUAUUGAAGGGGAAUGAUUCAUUUUUGGAGGAGCUCUCAAAAAAGCAUGACAUUAGCAAGGAGAAACUGAGUACAGAUAUUCACAGGAUGUUCACUGUGAGUACUAAUCUGAAAAAUCAUAGAUUCAAAAAAGGAGCUUUGAAUUUCUCUCCUAUUUCAAAAAGACUUGUCAAAGUUGAGAAAGUUGGGGAAGAACUCAGUCUCAUUUUUGACAAUCAAUCAUUUUCCAAAUCCCAAAUUCUGGUGUCCGAGCUAAUGAUUGCUACAAACGCUAGCGUAGGUGAGUUUUGUGCACGAAGAAAGAUCCCCAGUAUCUAUCGAAUUAUUCAGUCCAAGCAACGUGCACCCGAAGUCAUUGAGAUGUUCAGGCAGUCGCAGACCUGUGUAAAUGUGCCUUUGACACAACGAAUCAUGAUGAUGAAUUUUAUGGGAUUAUCAUCCUUUUCAUCUACACCACGACCCCACGAAUCUCUGGGGAUCUCCAGAUACUGCACAGUCACUUCUCCGCUGAGAAGAUUCACCGAUUUAGCAAUACAUUGGCAGUUGCAGUCUUUCUUACUGAACGACAAGGAACUCCUGUUUACGCCUGCCAAUUUGGAUUACAUCAUUUUGCAUCUCAAGUUCAAGGAGCACCAGAUACGAUCUACGAUGGACAGGUCUAAGGCUUUUUUCACCUUCCGUCACCUGAGUCAGUUCAAAGGGGACCAGCAGAAGUUUUUCAAAUGUGUAUUUCUUUCCAAUGUCUCCAGCGCAGGUACCGUAGAGGUGUCGCUUCUCGACUAUGGAGUCCGAUGUACUCUCAAAAGAUCCGACGAAAAGAGUCACCCUGGAGCCCGUAUGAUUGGCACUCUCAAGAUAGGAGAUAUUAUUGAAGACGCAUACGUUGAGGACAUUGACCUGCUGGAGGGAAACCUACUCUUACGAUCCCCAUCCUGUAUAUAG